CAGUGCAUGCCCUUCAUUCCUGAAGCCCAGGCCAUGCUGGAGCUGCUGGACCAGUGCCCCAGACAGGUCGAGAAAGGCAGGUUCCCAGUCAUCGUCAUCGAGGGACUGGAUGCCACAGGUAAAACCACCGUGACCCAGGCCGUUUCAGACUCGCUCAAGGCCGUUCUCCUAAAGUCGCCCCCCGCGUGCAUCAGCCAGUGGCGGAAAGUCUUUGACGAGGAGCCGACCAUCAUCAGAAGAGCUUUUUACUCUCUGGGCAAUUAUAUCGUGGCUUCUGAGAUAGCUCAGGCGUCGGCCAGCUCCCCGGUGGUUGUGGACAGGUACUGGCACAGCACGGCCACCUACGCCAUUGCCACCGAGGUGAGUGGGGCUGUCCAGCACCUGCCCCCCGCCCACCACCCGAUAUACCAGUGGCCGAAGGACCUGCUCAAGCCCGACCUGGUGCUGCUGCUGACCGUGAGCCCCGAGGAGAGGAUGAAGAGGAUCCAGGGCCGGGGCAUGGAGAAGACCAGAGAGGAGGUGGAGCUAGAGGCCAACAGCGUAUUUCGUCAAAAGGUGGAGGUGUCCUACCAGCGGAUGGAGGACCCUGGCUGCCUCGUGGUGGAUGCCAGCCCCCCCGUGGAGACGGUCCUCCAGACCGUGCUAGGCCACAUCCACAGUCACUGUCAUUAGUGGCAGGGACUCGGGGCCGGCGCCACGUUUGACUGGAUGUGAUUCUCUUUGAUGCCACUCAGCCAGGACUGGUUAUACAUUUUCUCAGACUUCAGCUGCAAAAGGAUGUUGUGCGGCGGCGAACUGAGGACCGAGCACUUCAGUGUUGCCUCAAUUAUUGGGUUGCUUCUGACCGACGGAGCCAUCGGGGUUGAGACGGGUCACGUUCCAGGGAGAGCCUGGAGACUGCUUUCUGCCCAGCACCACACACGGUUUAUCUUUAACUCCAUCCCUCCCAAAGGCCUCCAGGGUCUGGCUCACCCAGAAAGCGUCAGGUCUACAGAAGCA